CCGCGCCGUUGCUACGGUGACGAGCGAUGGAGCCGCGCUGAGCUCGCCUCUGCAGGAUGCCGCACAAGAUUGGCUUUGUAGUCGUUAGCUCAUCGGGGCACGAAGAUGGCUUCAGUGCAAAGGAGCUGAUGGUCCACGCACCAACAGUGAAUGGAUGGCGGUCACCGAGACUCUGUCAGUACCCACAAGAAAUCGUUCUGCAGUUGGUGGAGAGAUGUCGAAUACGAAAACUGCAGCUGCUUGCUCACCAGUACAUGAUAUCAAGCAAAAUUGAGUUCUUCAUCAGUGAAAGCUUGCCUGAAUACUUUGCUCCUUAUCAGUCAGAGAGGUUUCACAGACUAGGUUAUGUCCCUCUCUCAGACAAUGAGAAGACAGGUUUCAAAGCUCGAGAGUUAAAAUCUGUGUAUAUGGAUGCAGUUGGCCAGUACCUGAAGCUGAUUUUCCAUAAAAAUUAUGACAAUAAAUACAACUUGUACAGUCAGGUUGCCCUGGUAGCUAUAAAUAUUAUUGGAGAUCCAGCAGACUACAGUAAUGACAGCAAUAAACAGCCUUCCAGAGAGAAGCUGAUUGACCACUACUUAGGAAUUAAAUCAGAUGAUCCUGCCUUAGAUGGAACAUACCUAGGGAAGUCGGACUCCAUCUCACCUCUGGAUGAUUUGGCUUUUGACAUGUACCAGGACCCAGAAGUUGCCCAGAUAAUACGCAGGCUGGAUGAGAAGAAGCACGACGCCGUCCAUCAGGAGCGCUACGAUUACGCCAAGAAACUCAAACAAGCCAUUGCAGACUUGCAGAAGGUAGGGGAGAGACUGGGACGGUAUGAAGUGGAGAAACGCUAUGCUGUAGAGAAGGAGGAUUAUGAUCUUGCUAAGAAGAAAAAGCAGCAGAUGGAUGCGUACCGCCUGAAAGUGUAUCAGCAGCUGCAGCUCCACAACCUGCUGGAUGCAGAGCUGAUGACUCGAAAGCCACCCGACCUGCCUGUGGAGCCUGCGGUUUAUGAUCAUCUUCAGCACACAAAGGCUGCAAAUUCACCUCCUCAUGAGAACACAGAACUGCAGAGUUCACAGGGAGAGCUGUGGAAAGCAGAGUCUUUGCAGGAAGAGAAGCCUGCAGAACCUCAUUCUCCUGAGCCUGUUUUUCUCCAUCAGGCCACUCCUCCCACUCUGUCUCAUCCCACAACCUCCAGGGAAGUGUUUGCCCAAGAAGAAGUAAGUAACGUGCCUCUGUUGCCAGAGAAAUCCCCACAGCAAGAAAUUCUGUGCUCAGCCUUCCAAAACAACAAGGUUGAAUUUUUACCUUAUGAUGAGAGACCUCUCCCAGCCAUCCACAAACACUCUGAGGAAGCAAUUCGAUACCUUGAGCCAGAGAAAACUGAGGGAGACAGCAGUAAUACUCCAAGAAGUGGCAUUGCUGGGGAACCAGAGCCACUGAGUGAGAAGGCACUGAGGGAGGCCAGCCCUGCUAUUGAAGUUUUUGGAGAAGCUCUGGUCUCUGGAGCAUAUUCCAAAAGUUGGUCGUAUCGAGAAGAUGCAUUGCUGGCUGUGUACAAGAAGCUGAUGGAAAUGGCAGCAAGCACUGCCAAGGAGGAUUUAAGGAACAUGCUGAGGGCUGCGAUUUUUCUUGUAAAAAGAGCCAUAAAAGACAUCGUAUCUUCAGUUUUUCAAGCUUCCCUGAAACUUUUAAAAAUGCUCAUUACACAAUAUGUACCAAAACACAAACUGGGAAAGCUGGAAACUUCUCACUGUGUGGAAAAAACACUUCCAGGUUUGCUUUCCAGAACAGGAGACUCUUCAUCCCGCCUUCGCAUCAUGGCUGCUACAUUCAUUCAGGAAAUGGCUCUGUGGAGCGAAGUGAAACCUCUUCAGAUUGUUCCACUUCAUUUGGUUCAACCCCUAAAACCGAAUUCCCCGACACACCUGGCCAUGAGUCGAGUGGAAUUAGUUGAGUGCCUCCUGCAAGAGAUGGGAACUGAAAACUCAGGCUUCACCGUCAGCAAUGCCAUGAAGUUUGCAACGGGAGCUUUGGAGCACAGAGUUUAUGAAGUUCGUGACGUAGCGCUGAGGAUUAUCUUCCAUCUGUACAGGAAGCACAAAGCUGCCAUUCUGGAAUAUCUCCCUCCAGAUGAUGCAAGCGUUCGCAAGACUGUUCUCUAUAAAACACUCUUUGAUGGAUUUACUAAAAUAGAUGGUAAACUUUCUGAUGCUGAAAUGAGGGCACAAAAAAAGGCAGCAACAGAAGAAGCAGAGAGACAGAAGAAGGCAGAAAUAAAAGUUCUUCAAGAUCAGCUGGCAGCUCUAAAGGAGAUACAAGCAGAAGUUCAAGCUGGAAAGGAAAAAGAGUCUGAUUUCCAGAAGACAAAAGAUCAAGGAUACAAAAGCCCACAGCCUGCAGCAGCAGAGAUUCCAGAUGAUCAUUCCUCUGUUGCAAAUUACCUGGAUAACCUGUGCAUUUUUUGUGGUGAAAGGAACGAAUCCUUCACAGAGGAAGGACUGGAUCUGCAUUACUGGAAACGCUGCCCUAUGUUAACCAGAUGUGAGCACUGCAAGCAGGUGGUAGAAAUAGCAAGCCUGACGGAGCAUUUGUUGACUGAGUGUGAUAAGAAGGACAGCUUUGGGAAAUGCCAGCGGUGCAGUGAAGCCUUUCCAAAGGAUGAGUUGCCCAAACACGUUAAGAGCAGGACCUGCAACGCUGCCAAACCAGAAAAUGUGGCAAACCAUUGCCCACUGUGCCAUGACAACUUUUCCCCUGGAGAGGAGGCCUGGAAGUCACACCUCAUGGGCACGGAUGGCUGUGCAAUGAAUCUACGAAGGUUUUCCACCAUAAAUAAAACUAUUCCAAUGCAGCCUGGCAAAACAGGAGGCCACUAUUUGAAGAAACCAAGUCCUUCAAGAACCAAAGUUCGACCUCCCUCCAUAGGAAGCAAGAUCCCAACGCCGAGAGGAGGCCCGAAUAAAAGCCCAGGCAAAACAUUCUCAAAGCAGUGACAGGACAAGGGCUGUGCUUCGCAUUUUGUAUUUAAUAAUUGGGUGUAUCAUUAUUAAUGGCCAUUUAAAACUCCCGAGCAACUCAGAUCUUUUCCAUGUGAUGGCUGAGGCUGUGCAGGCCUGGAGCAGAGCGGUGAGGGCACUGCUCCACGGCUUCCACAGCAGCACUGUGGUUUUCUCAUUAGAAAGGAGCAAAUCCUCCAUUGCCCCCUCGCUCCCCGCUGUGCACAAGGAAGGUUGUGGCUGCUUCCUCGUCCCAGAAACAGCCCAGGGCACAGGAUUCACUGGAGGGAUGCUGUGCUUCCUGCCCUGCUGAGCACAGCCCUGCGGCUGCUCAGGGGCUCCGCGGUGGUGGAGGUGAGCGAUGGAGUCAGCGGGCAUUUGGUGUAAGGUGGAAUGAAAAAUGUGUGUGCGUGUGGGAAUCAGAAUGCACAGAAUGUGUAACUAAAGAGCCGCAUGGCCCCGCUCAGCUGAACUGAACCCUUCAAUUGGUAAAAUACCAACUGCAUAAGGCAGAAUUCUUCCUUCCCUGUUUGUGUAAUGAAAACAGAGAGGGGAUGCAGUGCAGCUGAAGAAAGCUGUGAGGGCUUUUGCUUUUCCCUUUUGCAAAUCCUAGAGCGUUAACAGCAUUAAUACUCAGCUGCUUUGUCAGGGCACACGAGCAGCCAGAGCUGAGGGAAUUGCAGUGGCCACAAACCACGCGUGGCUGUGAUUUAUGCAGGGAGCGAAGGCGCGGUGCUGCUUUGUACACGGCACUGAUUUUGCAACACAGCUUUGUGCAGCCUGCCUACGAGCGUGUGGAUUUCACAGGUAGAGCAGCACCGUCGCGUUUUGAAAGUCUUUAUAUGAAUUGUAACUCUCCCAAAUUAUCAAUAGCAGAUAUACAUAUUCAUAAGGGUUGUAGAUUUCAUGUAAUGUACGCUUCCUUCCACUGGGGAGCUGCAGGUUGCUGUGUUAGAGCCUCGCUCCUCGUGCAAGCCGAGCAGCAGCUGGUUGUGCUGAGAGCUGAGCGGGGCCGAGCCACGGCCUGCGGCUGCAGCACAGCGCGGCUCCUGCCGGAGGUGAACUGCGAGCUCGGCGUCGUGCAGAGGAAAAAAGAGCCGUUUGCGCGCUCUGCAUUGGCCGAUGCGGCGCACGCAGUUGCUGAAGGCAGCUCGGCAUCGCUCCUCGAGCACGGCUCCUAAACACGGGCAGAACGUAAUUAAGGCAGUUAAUGAGCUGCAUGCGGGCAGCAGGAUCUGCGCUUCUAUUUUAUAACCUGACCGAACCUUUUGAGAUACGCUUUUAGUAACCAAUAAAAGAC